AUGGUUUGCUCCGAGGAAUCUUUGAUAAUCACAAAUUUUGUGACUAAGAUAAAGUCCACAAGCCCUUACUCAUGUGAAUUUUUGCCCAAAGAUUUGGAAUACUUCGAAAGCGACGCAGAUGUGGCCUUUUACCAGAAGUAUGUCGAAACCGGAAGAGUUGAGAAGAUAAAUAAGUGCGCUCUGGACGCGUUUUCAGUGAUUAGAGAUUUUUCACAGUCCUAUGCAGAUUUACACUGGAAUCCAGGCCUAAAAACAAUCGAUAUCUACACCUUCAAAGUUAUAUAUCCAAUUCUAAGAUCAAGCCUAGAUUGCCUAUUAAAUCAAUUAAACUCUAAUAAUACAAAUAAUGGGCAUAAUAAUAUUAAUAAUCAUCAGAUUAAUGGAAAUAAUAAAAAAUUUAGGGCAAACAAGAGUAAUAAUGGUGAAUCUACAGAUUCUGGAACAUUGACUUACGAAGGGUUAUUUCUCUUGAUAAAGACGAGUUUAGAGUUCAUUCACCCAUUGGCAUACUCAACAGACGGAGUUGUGUUAUCGCAGUUGAUUAACUUAUUGGGGAAAACAGCAUUCAAUUACGAGCUGACUAGCGCUAAUCUUGUUUGCAUAACAGUUUACCUAUGCAGGCUUUACCUUUCAGCCUUCUUCAUUAAAUUGCCAGAAAAUACCAAACUCAUUUUCAGACAACAUUCAGUGAUGUUUGAUAGAGUAAUUGCAAUUGCAGUUUCAAGACCAGAGAAGGCAUUGGAUUUCAACGUAGUCCUCUUCAUUAACAGAGUUAUAAACACUAUUUUAUAUGUGAUUAAUGGAGAAGUUAGAGUUUCCGAUAAGAUAAACGAGGAACUUGUUGUUUUUAUGAGUAAGUUUAUUGAUUUCUGGUACUGCGCAUUGGUUAGGUUUCUGAUUAAUUGCAGAAACGAGAAGUUUAUACCGGUAUCAAAUAAGGAAAACUCAACAAAAAGUGAAGAGGAAGAAAGUGUGUCAGAGUUUGAAGAAGAUGAUAGUGAGGAAGAUUACAGUGAUUCAGAAUCGAGUUCAUCCAAUUCUGAUAAUGUAACUCAAUAUAAUAGUUUAAAUAAGGACAAAGCAGAUAAAAAUGGAAUUACUAAUAAUUUGUCCACAACAGAUAAGGAUAUAUUAUUAAUAAAGAUAUGCAAGUUGAUUCACCAAACGCCAAAAUUACCACCGUCACACAGAAUGAGAUUGAUAACUCAAGUGUUAAUUAUAUUAAAUGAGACGAGUAAUACUGAGCUUCAAAUUGAAGCUAUUAAUUGUAUAGUAGUAUUGUUGGAUUUUACUAAGGAAGUUAACAGCUCAAUAUUAAAGUGUAACUUAAUGAUACUACUAAAUGCGAUUCUCAAAGUGGUGGUGGAUAAAAUUGAUAAUAGUGUGAUAGGGGUUGUGGAAGUGGUUGAUAAUCUAGAAAUUGAAAAGUUUCUAUCGAUUGUUUAUUGUACAGGACAAGUUCUACACAACCUGAUCACGUUUAAAUAUGAAUAUAACGAAGAGUUUGCAGACAAAUUCCUUUCCUCGCAAUUACAGUUAAUUGAUACCUCUAAUGAAAUUAUAAAUAAAGAUUGUGUGAAGAUAUCAUUUGAGACGAUAAGUAAUAUAAUCAAAUUGUACAAUGAAUUGAUGAAGUUGAAUGAUGAAACAAUCGAUGAGGCCAUUUCGACGAUCAUAUCCUGGGCAAUAGCUGAGAUUCCACAGAUGUAUGAAAAUGCAUUUGAACACAUUCUAAAACUAUCAGCUCCAAUUUGCUGUUUACUCUUCAAGACAAAGAAGGAAAGAAUAAUUGAAGGAAUUUCAGGUAAAUUCGGAAACAGAACAACAACGACUCAAAUCGCACUAUCAUCACCGAAACGCUGGGCAAUGGGAUCAAAAAUACUACAAUCAGCACUUUCAACAUAUUUACAAAAUCAAUCCCAAAUAACAAUUGAUGUGAUGGAUGAAGUAAAUGAAACUGGUUCUAAUCAUAUAAGCUCAUCUAACGAAACUGAUUCUAAUGAUAUUGAUUUAAAGUAUGCCAAGUAUAGUGAACUGGUUAAAUCGAUGUUUGAGACAAUGUUUGACAGUUUCUUGAAUGUUAUGGUGGAGUGCUGUGGAGAAGUUGAGCAGGAAGUGGAGAAUUGUUUGGGCUCAUACCUACUGUGUUUUGGACUUGAAGAUUAUUUAAAAAGACUCCCACUGACUAAUUUGUACGAAGUGCCAAUCACAAGUGAAAACUACCACUCGAAGUCGUACAGAUUCAUGCUGCCAGUGCUCAAAAGACAGCUGAAGGGAUUUAAGUUGUCGCUGUUCCCGGAAUACAUCUUGCCAGUCCUGAACCGAAUACAGUAUUUCGUGACAAAAACGUCCAAAUUUAAUGAAAUCGUUAGUAAUAUUACCAAUAACGGUUCAACACCAGAUACAAAUAACAGUUCUGUACCAAUUGCAACUAAUGGUGUCACAUCAGAUUCAGAUGAGUUCCAUCUCUUAACGAAGCUGCACGAGGAAUACGAGAGAAUAUACAAUGAACUGUUAUCGCUGCUGUUGCCACUGUCAAUGGACACAAAUGCCAUCACGGUGUUGACUGAAAACAACUAUUUGGUACUAAAGUAUAUAGUGGACUUGUUGAGCGGAACAGUAGAAAAGUUCAAUAUCGCCUGCAGAGUCAUUAGUAAUUUGUCAAAUCUGGAGCCAGUAGCCAUGGAUUUGAUUGGUAUAUUAGUCAAAAGGUAUAUAGAAAUUGAAGGAAGCGGCCUAAAAAAUUUGGAAACAUGGAACAUGUGUGAUGGGAUUCUCACUGCAAUAGGAAAUGUAGCUAAGUACUGUCCAUCAGAAAAUCUAUCCAAGAAUUUGCAAUCAUUUGAAAAGGCACUUGGGAAUAGAAAAAACGACUGUUUAAUUAAGCUUUCAAAGGCACUAUUACCCUCAGUACCAGGAGAACUCAAAUGCAGACUCCACCAGAACUUCUUAAAACAGCCAAGAAAUCGAUUCAUAUACAUCGCUAUUAAAACAUCGAUAGAAACCGCACAGAACUUAAUGGACACAAAUCCAGAAAUGGUUGAGAAAGUUCACGCAGAUUUAGCAAAAGAAGAGUUGGCAAGUCAAAACGGGAAUAACGUCGAUUACGACGUCGAGUUUGUAAAGUCGGUGGUGAGCAUCGAAGGAAUGACAGAGUUGGUGAAGUACUUGGAACUUUUAAGCGAAACAGUUGAUACUUCCAAGCAGAGAAUUUUAUGUUUGCAUAGUUACACAAAACUUCUACACUUUGUCAAGACGAAUUUUACAAAUGUCAGCUAUAGCAAAUUGGUGAAUCUGGUCACAAACCCACUCAUUUUCGAGUCAAUUAUCAACAGCUAUAGCACUAACAAAGUUAAUAGGACGUGCGCGUUCUCGAUAUACGAACUACUCUGUCUCAUCAACAAGCACGAUGACGUCCUCAAAAUCACAAUCUCCACCAUGUAUUAUAAUCACAACAACGUCAAUAAAGACUGCGAAUUGAUAAAUAUCGGAAUAGUGAAGCUGCUGUGUAAUAUAUAUUCAAAGAGUUUUGAUAAAUUCGACAACUUUGAAACAAUUCGACUAGUAAUAUACCUGAGCACAAGAAUACCGACCGUGACGACAAGAUUCUAUGUCCAGAUUCUGAAAUUCUUUAGAAUAGUUAUGGUGAACAUGAACCACGACAAUUUGGUGAAGCUGACGCCGAACAUAAUGAAACUGUUCAACAACGAAAAGUGCUGCUUAAAGGCGAAGAUCUACGUCAGAAGACUAGUGGAGAAGAUGCUAACGAGACUUAACAGAGAUUACUUCUGCUCAGUUUUCCCCAAGGAACACUUUUCGCUGGUCACGAACAUCAUUCAGACAAGGAACCGAAGGUUCAACAAGGCAAUCUACUCAUCUCAAAAGGGUACUAAAAACGCUGAGGAAGAGGAUGAAGAUGAGUAUGAGGAGUCGAUUUUGAAUAGAGACGAUGGUGAACCAAUAGUGGUACCAGAUGAGGAAGAUAGUGAUAAGGAAAUGUAUAUAAAACCGACUGUAAGAAAGAUACGGGAAAGGAAGACUGUUUUCAACCCGAAACCUACGAAUUUUAGCUACAUUAAACUUAACAGAAGAGCCCCCAAAAAGGAACAGAUCAAGGUCCUCAAAAACAUCAUGAAGAAUAAAAAUAAAUAA